GUCUGGUAGUGUGACCAUUAGGCGAAUCAUCGAGAGCUGAGUAAAGAUAGCGCAACAAACCCUAGGCAGGUGACCAGCCUCUAUAGUAAUACACAAACCCCACGCCUUACCAUUCGAGACAGGCAUUGAUGGUCCCAGCGCAAUUCCAUCUUAACCAUAAUGAGAAGUGAGGACUCGCACGACCCUGAAAUUUUUUUCAUGUUGUGCGUUCGUUCUAGAUGCGGAAAGAGUCCAGAGGGCGGACUCCCAGCGCAGCGGAGCCGAACUCCACCAGCGAUGCGAACGACUGCAUGUCUUCGGCCGAAUGCGCCGAUGCAAGUGAUCCUUUUCUUGUUGACAUGUGGCGGGGAAUUGCCGUUUUCCCAUUCAAAUGACCUUUUGAAAUGCAACCCCGUUGUGAGACCAAGUUGCGCACACCCCUCAUGGGUAUACGUGCUUCUCAUGUGCCGGCCCAGGCGUUGCGAGCUUCUUGGCCUUCAGUUGUGGCUCGUUAAUUGUCCUGUGAUAUUCAUCACUGGCCAGAGGCCGGUGCUGGUGUUAAGACACGCGGGAACAAGAAUCGGGGGCUGCUGUCAUGCCAAAAACCAAAACGCCUUUCGAACAAUGCGUAUUUUGCACACGAGCACUACCCAGAGAUGACCUGUGGUUUCGCAAAGACGCUAACCAAAAGAGAAAACUUGCCUUCUCUCGGUAAUUGACCACUGACCCUAGAGCCAACAACAAUGGGGACUCUGGUUGUC